AUGAACUUUGAGGACUAUGAGACCCUUCCGACCCAAAACUCCGUCGUACACAUGACCGCCGGAGCGAUGGCGGGGGUGAUGGAGCAUUGCAUAAUGUACCCGCUUGACUCCGUGAAGACUCGAAUGCAGUCCCUGCGGAGCGCACACAACAGCACCAUCACAGAGACCUUCCGGUACAUGGUGCAGCGGGAAGGACUGCUCAGGCCUAUCCGCGGCAUGACGGCGGUGGUAGCGGGCGCGGGCCCAGCACACGCCUGUUUCUUCGCCACCUACGAGCACAGCAAGCACACGCUCUCGCAUUACACCAGGCAUCGGCACGACCACAUCGUACAUGGGUUGUCUGGGUGCAUCGCAUCGCUGGUGCAUGACGCCGUCUCCAAUCCCGCCGAGGUGGUGAAGCAGCGGCUGCAGAUGCUGAACUCGGCGUACCGCGGCGUGUGGGAGUGCGCGCGGCACGUGUACCGCACGGAGGGGCUGCGCGCCUUCUACCGCUCGUACGGCACGCAAGUGGCCAUGAACGUGCCCUUCCAGGCGCUGCACUUCAUGGCGUACGAGUGGUCGCAGAGCCGGCUCAACCCGACGCGUGCCUACGACCCGCGCGCGCACGCGCUGUCGGGCGCGCUUGCGGGCGCGCUGGCGGCCAGCGCCACCACACCGCUGGACGUGUGCAAGACCGUGCUCAACACGCAGGAGGGCAAGUGGCGCGCCGAGCGCCUGCGCGACGCGGCCGCGCAUGUGCUGCGCGCGUCGGGCGCGCGCGGCUUCUUCCGCGGCCUGCAGGCGCGCGUGCUAUACCAGAUGCCCGCCGCCGCCAUCUGCUGGCUCACCUACGAGACCUUCAAGCACGCACUCGCCACGGUGGACGGCGCGAGCGAAGCGGCGGGCGCGACGCCCACCCCGCAGCCCGCCGCGCACUCCCCGGCCGGGCCCCCGCCCCUCGCCUGCGCCGCGCUGCGCCUCGCCGCCGCGUCCGGCGACGUGUAG